GCGACCUGCUCUGUGUCUGUGUUUGUUUUAAAUAGCUUCACUCCGCUGUCUUCAUUAAACUGUUAGAGUAACAGAUAACAUGCUGCUGAGACAAAGAACAUGUCGAGAGUUCACGGGACCGACGCCUCAUUCUGUGGCUGUGAGAGCGAAGGUCCCGUCCUCGCGGCCGGCGGACCAGCUGAUGGUGGACAGACAGAGACAGGACGCUGCCAGAGACCAGAUCCUGGACUUCACCAGGCGCCAGCAGAGCUGCCACAUCAAGACCUCGUGGCUGGAGAGCUCAGACCGCCGCUUCCUGCAAGGAACCGUCCAGAGACGAGUGAGAGAGGCCCUGGACCAACAGGAAGUCCACCUGGACGAGAGGAGGGACAGGCUGCGUGUCCUGCUGCAGACGGAGGAACAGCAGCUCCUGCAGGAGAUGGAGGAGAGGACAGAGACGAGGUUGGAGAGACAAGCGAAGAUGAGGGAGCGAGCUAAGACGCUGAGGGAGACGAGAGAGAGGGACAGACAGCAGCUGGUCUCAGAGAAGACGGAGCAGCUCUUCAGGGCUCAGUGUGAGGAGCUGCGCGGCGUGCUGAUGAAGCAGCGGGAGCAGCAGGCGUGUGAGGAGCGAGCGGCUCAGGUGCAGAGCGGGCGGUGGCGCCGCCAGCUGCAGCGGCAGGAGGAUGACCUGCUGGACGAGCUGUGGGAGGCCGACCGACGGGCCAAAGAGGACAGAGAGAUGGAGACGCUGCAGAGACGGCGGGAGAGGGACAGACAGCAGCAGGACAUCCUCAGGACUCAGAUAGAUGCAGCGGAGCAGCAGAGACAGAAGCAGAGACAGCUGAGAGACGAGGAGGCGCGGCUCAUGCGGGAGCAGCAGGAGGUGCAGCGGCUGCAGCAGCAGCGGGAGCAGCAGCAGCAGCAACAGCAGCAGCACAGCAGGCGGAGGCAGCUGGACAGAUGUCUGCGGCUGAAGAUGAAGCGUCUGUCCCGGCAGCAGCAGGACGAGCUGCAGCUGGACAUGGACAUCCUGCAGACGCUGCUGAGGCAGGACACAGAGCAAACCGAGGACGCUGCACACAAGAAGGCCCAGCUGCAGGAGGAGCAGAGGAGGUACCAUCAGUAUCUGUGUGAGCAGCUGGAGCAGCGGAGAAGGGAGGAGGAGCAGGCGGAGCAGCUGAUGGAGGAGCAGCUGCAGGAGGUGUGGGCUGAGCGGGAGGAGCAGAGCCGGCGGCAGAAGGAGGCGCGGGACAGACUCCUGCAGGAGGUGAUGGAGGCUCGCAGGCUGCAGAUACAACACAAGCUGGAGCUGAACCUGCAGAGACAGGCUGAGGCGUCCUCAGAGAGAGACGAGCUGAGCCGAGCGCUGGAGGAGAUGAAGCUGACGGACGAGGACAAGAAGAGACGGCAGCGGAGCAGUGCGGAGGCGUACCAGGCCGAGCUGAGGGCUCAGGUGGAGGCGCAGCAGCAGCUCCGCAGUGAGCAGCGAGCUGAGGAGCAGCGGGAGGAGCAGCAGGGACGCCUCCUGCAGCAGCUGUACCAGCAGAGGAAGGACCACAUCCUGUCCAGGCCCUCGGCCUUCAGCGCCCCCCAUCCCUUCAGACGGGCCGACGGGUCCAGGUCCGCCCCCGGACUCUAGUACAGGUCAAACUGAACGGGGGGUAGCUGCAGUUUUACUUCCUGCUACCACAAUAAAGUUCCUCCAAUAAAACAACGAUGAACGGUUUCAACUGCUGAGAUGUAAAAUAAUAAAUAAAAUAAUAAAUAAAACUGAGCUCUACAGUUCUGUAGCUCUGCAGCUCUGCUGCUGCUGCAUGUUGGGUAAAGAAGUGUUUACUGAAGGCGAGGAACAUGUUGCAUAAAGUCUUUUAUUGUGAAAGAAUCAGACUGUUUAAACACAAUAAACUCCUUAAACUGAUCUAUCCUUAUAUAUUUCCAAAUGAGCCUGAUAAAUAAAUGUUUGUUUUAUUUAAUAUUCCCAGAUUUCUUUCACAGAAAAACAUGAUUCAUGUUUUAAUAAAGUCAGUGAAACUGUUGACUGAUUAGUGAAGCUAAAUAUAGUAACAUGUCUCUCACAGGACAAAACUUCUGUCACUUUAAGUUCUUCAUUUUUGUUACAGAACGAACUCACACACGCACUCACACUCAUA